UCCGUCACAGACAUCUCGGCGUCGGCUAUCACCCACUAGUUCUCAACUACCUUUUUUCCUAAAAUUUUCUCGGCGAAAAGAAACUAAAUCCACUGUAUUUUCUAGCUGAUCAAGCAGGCGAAAUACCUAUCAGAACUGACGAAUACGCAACUGUUGCCUUGUUUUCUUUCCAUUUGGGUCUGGCGAUUAAUUUUGUUUCUUUAUUACAGCAAGUUUGUCGCCGAUUUUUAGGCAUUGCUUUUGCUAAUUUCUCGUCUGGGCUGGCAUUCACUUUUGGGUUAUCGGUACUUGUUGUUUAUGAUUUACCGUGAAGGGGAAAGAUACCAAACACUGGUUUUUUUUUGUAGAUAACCCAGUUUUAUUCUCGAUUGAAUUGGGUAUCAGUGCUCGGCAACAAUCAGCUGAUAUUAGAUGGCCUUGAUUGUUAAUUAAUGUUGUUAGAACUUGAAGGGAAACUGCCAUACUGCUAGUUCAUUAUCCGAAAAGGACUCUUUUGUUUGGGUGUGAAAUUUUGGGAUCUUAAAAGAUGACGAUCGAGUCUGCGCCGGGAAGUUCAGGGUACUUGGAUUUGUUUCCGGAGAGGAGAAUAUCUUAUUUUGGUAAUCCAUAUAUACUGGGGUUGACUGUUGUUGCUGGCAUAGGAGGUCUGCUGUUUGGCUAUGACACAGGUGUGAUAUCCGGUGCCCUUCUUUAUAUUAAGGAUGAGUUUGAGGUGGUCAACCAAAGUAGUUUUUUACAGGAAACAAUUGUCAGCAUGGCCCUUGUGGGCGCAAUAGUGGGAGCUGCAUCUGGGGGUUGGAUUAAUGAUGCAUAUGGACGCAAGAAAGCCACUUUACUUGCUGACAUUGUCUUUGCUGCUGGUUCAGUUGUAAUGGCAGCUGCACCAGAUCCUUAUGUUCUUAUACUGGGGCGGCUUUUAGUUGGCCUUGGUGUGGGUUUAGCGUCUGUUACAGCACCUGUAUAUAUUGCAGAAGCUUCUCCAUCAGAGAUAAGGGGAGGACUGGUGAGCACAAAUGUGCUUAUGAUAACUGGUGGACAGUUUCUUUCCUACCUAGUAAAUCUUGCUUUCACAGAGGUCCCAGGAACAUGGCGAUGGAUGCUUGGAGUUGCAGGCAUACCAGCUGUUGUUCAAUUCAGCCUUAUGCUUUGUUUGCCAGAAUCUCCCCGAUGGCUUUUUAUGAAAAAUGAUAAAGCAGAAGCCAUUACUGUGCUUUCCAAAAUUUAUGGCAUUGCUCGGUUGGAGGAUGAAAUUGAUAACCUUUCUGCGGCUGCUGAAGAAGAACGUCAAAGGAAAACUACUGUCAGAUAUUUGGAUGUCUUCAAAUCAAAAGAAAUCAGACUUGCUUUCUUUGCUGGUGCUGGCCUUCAGGCAUUCCAGCAGUUCACCGGUAUCAACACGGUCAUGUACUACAGUCCAACAAUCGUUCAGAUGGCUGGCUUUCGUUCAAAUCAGUUAGCACUUCUUCUGUCUCUCAUUGUUGCGGCUAUGAAUGCUGCUGGAACUGUUCUUGGCAUUUACCUUAUUGACCAUUUUGGUCGGAAGAAGCUGGCCAUUUCUAGCUUAUCUGGUGUAAUUGUAUCCCUUUGUAUCCUUUCUGUUGCAUUCUUCAAAUCAUCUGAUUCCUCAAAUGGACUCUACGGCUGGAUUGCAGUUAUAGGUUUAGCCUUGUACAUUGCUUGCUUUUCACCUGGAAUGGGACCUGUGCCAUGGACUAUUAACUCGGAGGUAUACCCUGAGCAAUAUCGAGGGAUAUGUGGGGGUAUGUCAGCGACAGUAAAUUGGGUUUCGAAUUUGAUCGUUGCUCAGACUUUCCUAUCUAUCGCUGUUGCUCUAGGGACUGGAGCAACAUUCUUGAUACUUGCCGGUAUUGCUGUGGCUGCGGUUGUUUUUGUGAUUGCAUUUGUCCCGGAAACAAAGGGACUGACAUUUGUGGAAGUGGAGCAGAUAUGGAAAGAGAGGGCUUGGGGCAGCGGUUAUAACACGGAAAGCCUUCUAGAACAGGGCAAUGACUCCUAGUGACGAAUUUGAAGAACUGUAUCUUAUAUAUAUACUCAUAAGCCUUCUCCAUUUUCAUGAGAUUCAAGCCCUCUUCUUAUUAUCUUGGUUUGAGAACUUGGAAUGUGUUUUUGGUGGCUUAGAAUAUCAGUGUCGUCACAAGGAGUGCCAUUAUUUAGUCUUUGUGGAAGGCAGCUCCAUCAUUGUUUGUAUAAAUCAACUUCUUUAUUCUACUUUUAAUCGGAUUUCAAUAAAUAAUGAUAGAGAAAAAAAAAUGAAGAUAUCAUAUUA